UUUGGACGUAGCGAUCGAAUAUAGAUAGCAUCGUGAGCUAAUCGAUCGUUAGCUGCAGUUAAAUUUUGACGUCCCCGAAGAACAAACAUCUAGCACAUUUUACAGACACAGAAGGGCAUUCACUGAUAUAUUCGAUGGGGAAUGGCACAGUAGUCCGAACGCCUGGUCUCUUCUGAAGGGCUAGUCCGUUGUGUUUGCCAUGCUCGUCGGCAACCGUGCUGCUGCUAAGAAGCUAGGUUGCUAACGUCCGUUGGUUGGUCUCCGUACGGUAAAACCAGGAAGGAGGGACCAGACGAUCAGCCAGGCAGCCUGGCCUCAGAGGCUGCUCAGCGUCUACAAACAUUUAUUCGUGAAAACAAAAUCCAAGCUCGUCCAGUCUACUGAAAACGGGAGAAAGGAAAAGAAUUCUGGCCUGAGUGCAAAGAUGUCGAAAGCUCCGGAUUCUCAUGCUCAAUCUCGCUCCAGAUCAAGGUCCAGGUCCAGAUCCAGAUCCUACUCCAGAUCUCACUCUCGAAGCCGCUCCCGCUCAAGAUCCAGAAAACGUCGCUAUAGUUCCAGGUCUCGUUCCCGCUCCCGUUCACACUCUCCAUCCUACAGAAACUAUCCUACCAGGGACUACCAUAGCAACAGAGGUGGGUUCAGAGGCUAUAACCGGGGCUACAGGAGGCCGUACCACUACCGAGGCAGAAACCGAGGCUAUUACCAACGUGGUCAUUACCAGAACAGAGGAGGAGGCGGUGGCUAUAACUAUAAAGCCAACUGGCAAGGUGGUGGUGGUGGUGGUGGUGGUGGUGGUGGAGGAGGAGGAGGAGGAGGAGGUGGAGGUGGAGGCUGGCAUGAUCGCCACUAUGACCAGGACCACCACUCACACAGUCCAAGGAGGGGGCGCUCACGCUCCCGCACCCCCAGGAAGCGCUCAGCCAGCCGAAGCCGCUCUCGCUACUCUGAGCGCUCGUCGUCAGGCAGAUCUCGGCGCUCCAGACGCUCCAGCUACUCCUCUCAAUCCCGGUCCUCAUCCCCACGCCAUCGCAGCAACAAGGGCAAGCCUGGCUCCAAGGAUGCAAAGGACAAGCUAGCGGAAAAGCAAGCAGAGAAAACCGGUCAGGCAGCAGACGGCACUUCCAUCGAAAAGGCAUCUGGGGGCAAAUGGAUUGACUAUGACGCCAGCCCCAAACGAACCAGCCCUAAGAAAGAGGAUGUUCCCUCUGGUCCUGAGAGCAAAGGGACCGGGAGUGGCGGUCCAUUGUGGAAAUCCAUAGGAAGCGCAUCGUCCCCUCCAGCCAAGAGCCCCCCAAAGUCAGGGCAAAGUGCCUGCUUCAGCGGCUUUGGGUUCUUCUCAAAGGAGGAUGCCAAAGCUGGAGAUAAAGCUGUGAUCUCUGCUGCUUUCAAAAAGUUCUUGGUUGAGACUAAAAACAAAAAGCAGGCACCUGAAAAGGAGAAUGGUCGCGACCAGGAGCAGAGCACUGCAGACAGAGAGCUAGAGAAAGGAAGCAAGUCUGGAGACCUUUACAACAUCUCGUCCUCCUCAUUCGGCGACUCCAAGGACGAAAAGGCCCAUUCCUUCUUCGAUGCUGGAGAGGAGGAGUUCCUCAAGUCUCACGGACUGAAAGACCGUGGAAUGAAAGACAUUGAGGAAGAUGGUGAAAUCAAACCAACCCUGACAGCUCGGGACAUUUUCGGGAAGUGGGGGGAUGAGCCAAGCUAUUCGACAUCCUACCCAUCAGUUAAAGAGAAAAGCCGGAGAGAAGCUGAAGAGGCUGAGUCCAUAGAUCACAUGGAGGAGGAUUUGUACCGAAUCCGAAAGCACAGCUCAAAGAAAGAGGAGAAGUCCAAGAAGAAGGAAAAGAAAGAAAAGUCCAGAAGGAGUCCGUCCCCUCCCUCAACUUCUAGAGAAAAAGACCGCCCGCUGUUUCCUGGAGCUUUCCCUCUACGCGAGGAGUCGCCUGUACGACGUCUGUCGGCUUCAAGGGAGGACUUUGAGCUCAAAAUUGGUAGUUUAGACGAAAUGCCCAGCUCUUCGCUGUCUAAAGAUCGCCUCAUACCACGAGAUCUGCUGAAUCCCACUAAGAAAGAUCCAGAGUUUCGUUCCAUUUUCCAGCACAUUCAGACAGCACAGCUCCGUCGCAGCCCCUCUGAGCUGUUUGCUCAGCACAUAGUCUCAAUUGUGCACUACAUCAAAGCUCAACACUUCCACUCCUCAGACAUAACUUUAAGUGAGAGGUUUGCCAUGUACCAAAGAAAAGCUGCAGAGGCAGAAAUGAUGAAGCCAAGGAAGAGCCCAGAAAUCCACAGGAGAAUCGAUGUUUCCCCCAGUGCCUUUAAGAGGCACUCUCACCUGUUUGAGGAUAUGGAGGAGACGAGCUACAAGGAUCCAAGCAAAAAGUUCAAAGGUGACGUUAUGGACCUUCGGCUGGAUAUUGAAAGACGUAAGAGGUUUGCAGGGAAAGAGCGAGACUACAAGCGUGAAGGUGCCAGGAGCCCAGGAGGCUCCCGAGGACCGAGCAGAGAGAGGUCCUCUGAGAAAUCUGGGAAACACCACAAGAAAUCCAAGAAGGGUAAGAAGAAGCGGGAUCGCUCCCCGUCCUCCUCUUCCUCCUCAUCCUCUCCAUCCCCUUACCCUCCACCCUUCAGAGGUAAAGAAUACAUGGGAGAGGGGAUGGAGCACUCGGAGGAGGGCUACAGUCACUCACGUUAUCCUCCAAGGGACUGCAGUGGACCUGGAGACAGAGGCCCUCGAGAUUAUGAGGGCCACAACAUGGAGAGAGGUCGAGGCCGUGGAUUCUUCCCCAGAGUCAGAGGAAGAGGUUGGAACAGGGGAAAUUAUCCAGGCAACAACAGCAAUGGAAACCCUGCCAAUAUGAAUCCUCCAGUGCGCCCUCCAGAGGAGGAGUGGGACCCUGAGUACACUCCCAAGAGCAGGAAGUAUUACCUGCACGAUGAUCGUGACGGAGAGAAAACCUGGAUUGACAACCGUGGAAGAGGCCGGGGUUCCUUCCCGACUCGCCGGGGACGCUUCGUUUACCGAAAGGGAGGCAGCAGCCCGAAGUGGACCCACGACAUGUUCCAGGGAGGAGAGGAGGGGGAGCUGGGAGACGACAACAUAGAAGUAGACCAUAAAGACACGAAGACCCCUGGAGACUCCUCCGGCUCGAAGCAGUAACCUGCUCCACUCCGUCGUCCACACAUUCAUCAGCCUCACAGUGUCAGAGUACUUACAGUUAGGAUGAAGGGGUUAUUUUGUUUCUCCCCUCCACUUCAUCUCAUCAUUUAACGGUUAAAAUGUGUUUGGUUAAAGUGAAAAAAGAACUGUAACUGACUCGUACUGACUGUUCUGUAAGCUCAUCUCACACACUGACUGUCUGUGAGAUGAGCUUAAAUCGAGUGUUUUUUUUUUAAAUGAUGAGUUUGGUUUUGUUUUGCAGCUGGAUGACUUACGUGUACCUUUUAAGAGAAGGAUUACUGAGGCAUCAAAAUCUGAAAACAUAAAAUAAGAAAAGCGUUUGUGCCUUAGAAAAUGAAAAUCCAGUAAUAUGUACUCCUGUAAUCUGUUUGAAGGCACAGCCCCAGCUACGAGACGUACAACUCUGUGUUUCUGUUUGUCAGUGUAGCAAGGCAUUCAUCCUUUUUGUUUUUCUUUGUUUGGGGCUGUGAUAAAUCUUUGAUGUGACUGCAUGAAACAUUUGAUUCAUACCUCGCUCCAUGGGACCAAUCAGUAGUGGGCACCGGACUCAUGAUUUGUCAUUUACAAACAAUCAAACACAGAAGUUACUGUUGAACCCCUGGAUGUUUGUCACUUAUAUUAUCUGAGCUGUUUCAUAUAGUGCCACUUCAUCUGUAUUUCUCAUUAGGAAGUGAAGACAUUUUAUGUGUGUGUGUGUGUGUGUGUGUGAUACAGUAUAUUCUCAUCAGUUGUGGGUGUUUUCAGUUAAAAACAAGUGUAAAUUUAGAAGAAUUGGCACCGAAAUCCCGAUUUGCUUUAGACAGAUGAACUCAUUAGGUUUUCCUGCCCAUCAUAUCAGUGUAGGUAAGUGGCUGCCUUUUGUUUAGAUUUUUAAUAAACUGAAAUAGUACAUGUAUAGAAUUAUACAACCUAAAUUAUUGUAAUCUUAUCGUCUGGAGGAGGGGAAAAUAAAAACGGAAUGGUUUUUGCUUUUUUUUUUUCCCAAAUACACAAACUGCAGUUUAAUGCUCUGUCAUUGAACCUGAACAUGAAAAAGUGAAGACAAACCUGAAAAUUUGUGACAAAAUUAUUUUGUCAAGUGGCAAAAAAUGAAAGUGUAUAUUUUUAAGAGGAGUUUACACAAACUAGCAGACCUAGUUCUGUGAAACUCACCGUGCUGCUUCGUCCCACUUUUGACUGUACAUACUGCAUGUACUUAACUGAACUGUAGGACUGUAAUUUUUUUUUUCUUUUUUUUGGUUCAGUCAGAAGCUGAAAACUUUUUUACUGUUCACAAGAGCUUUGACGUACUUGUCUUUUAAUUUUCAAUAAAUUUUUCUUUGAUUCAG